GUACGGAGGAUCGCCGAGAAGUCAGAACUGUUUUCGAUAUGUGUGAGGACCGUAAUAUUCCGUCCGAGUACAAAUAAAUAUAAAUAUAAUAAAUGAACCGUUCCGCAAGAAAAUACAAGUAAGAAGACGAGGAAAAAUGCGUCGGUAUUUUAAUAGGCAAUAAAUAGGCAAGUUUAAUUAAUUCGUAAACGAAACGGGCUUGUGAGCGGUCUUCAAGCGGGAACAAUGUUAACACUAGAGCCGUGCGCUGGCGCCAAGAAAGCCGUGGAAGCUGAGGUGAUCAAAACAAUACAGAAGCAAGGGUACAACUUGAACACCGUGAACAGUUACGGGGAGAAUCUGUUGCACGUGAGCGCGGCGAACGGCUGCUAUGAGAUCGUGAGGACGAUUUUAAGCCGGGAGAAAGGCCGUUGCGCCGUGGACAGGAAGAAUAAGUUUGGCUGGACCCCGCUGAUGCAGGCGAUUCGCAACGGUGACAUCGACACCGUGAAAUUGCUCUUGGAGAAGAAGUCCAACGUCGACGAGUCGACGUAUCUCGGUAUGUCGGUUCUCGGGCUGGCCGCCGCGAUCAGCAAGAGGAUGUUCGAAACGGUGUACGACGCGUGUCCGGGCGCGUUGUCGAAUGCCACCAACGACGACAUCAGUCCACUGUGCGUGGCCGCCAUGAAAAACGACAAGGAGCUGUUCUUCAAAUUGCUAGAACUGGGCGCGUCAGUUUCGGAUACCAACGAGUACACGCACAUCAUGAUGAGGAGCUCGACGGUAGCGGAGAUCGCCGACUCGGCGCGGAAACAUUUGAUCGUGGAAGAUUAUUGGAACGAUACGUCGGAUAACAUCCAAGUGAUGAGCGAGCCGGACGCCGACGACAGCAAAGCGACUUGCAAGAACGACAGGGAAAGGACGGCGGUAAGGCCGGUGAGACCGCAUCUCUUGUCCGUGGCCGCAGAAUCCGCGGAGAUGCGGAAUUUAGCGUCGCCCGCGUUGUCGUACAAUCUCGAGGGCAUGUUCGCGUCGUCGCCGAUCGCGUACUUCACAAGGAUCGAUUUCGCGGAGCGCUCAAACGCACCUCCGGAGGACGACGACACGGCGAACGAUCUAGAGACGGACGGGCGUCAGCAGGAGUCACCUCCGGUUGCACUUCCAAGAUUACAAUCGGUGCGACCGGCGGAUCUUGAGAUCGCGGAUUCCUCGGACGACCUGGACGUCACUCUCGGCUUCACGCCCGAAUUCAGUCCGCUGAGGUGUCCGCACGUGCCACCGGACAUCAACGAUGAGAACGUGUUCGGCGAGAGCACACCGACGCCACCGCGCUGCAAAACGCCGCCGAAGGGGAUGUUGCUGAAUUCACGGCAGACGAAAAUGAUUAUCCUGUUGAGGCGCUCGGAUCUAGGCCGACAUAUCCCUGUGUUUCUCAAGCAGGAAGUGGACAUGGACUUGUUUCUGACACUUACGAAUGAUGAUUUGAUAGAGAUCGGUAUCGAGUACGAGGAAGACAGGUGUGCCUUGUUAAAGGCGAUAAAGGAAUACAAGAGGAAUUUGAGUCAAAAUUAUAACUGAUAUUUGUGUGAUUGUGCUCGUUUACGCGAAAGAAAAGGAGCGCAGCGCGUUUCCCUUACACUCUCACACUCUCACGUAGAUAAAUAUUCUUUUUAAUUCGCGAUAAUAUUACAGUAAUUUUAGCUUAUAGUUUUUAGGUAUUUAAUUCUCAUAACUAACUUAUUGGAGUAUCUAUGCUUUUGUUAAAAGUUAACGCUCCCUUUCUUCAAUUGGAGAUCAUCGUGUAAGCCGCGUUUUAUGGAAAAUGAAUAUUAAUAAAAGCAGACGCUUAUUC